CCGCCUCCUUGUUGCCUGCCCCCUGCGCAAGAGCGACAAGCCGCCAGGCGCCAGAACCGUAUAUUCGUUAUGUAAGCUACCACCUCCACAGGCUCAGAUAUCAGCUACCUACUCAGCCGUCUCUUCUUUUUUCUACAAGAGGAGCUUGAUGCCGAUUUUACCUUAUGUACGGAGUAUGAAAGAGGUGCAAGGAAGUCCGUUCGUGUUCCAAUAAUAAGACCCCUUGGCUAUUUAUCUCUAUUCUACUCAGGGCAAAUCCUCAACAAUUACCCCCGGCACGUCACCGGGACCAUUGACAUGGUAUAUAACCUCGUUUUGCCAACAGCGAUUGCUGUAGGCCUCUCAAUUCUUUCCUUGUAUAAAUAUUUUAUAUAUCCUGUCUUCAUAUCUCCGCUAUCUAAAAUCCCAAGUGCCCAUUUCUCUGCUCCAGUAUCACCCGCAUGGAUAUUAUGGAAUCGCUUUAGGAUGCGAGGGAAUCGGACCAUCCACAAGGCGCACCAAAAAUACGGCCCCAUCGUUCGACUGGGGCCGUCAGAGAUAUCCGUAAAUUGCAUCGACGGCGGCAUUCGUACUGUCUACGCUGGUGGGUUUGAAAAGCAUGACUGGUACCCUCGUGUUUUCGGUGCUUAUGGGACCCUCAGCAUGUUCUCGAUGGUGGGGACCAAACCCCAUUCGGUGCGCAAACGGAUGAUGUCUAACAUAUAUUCCAAAUCCUAUCUGCAAUCAUCUCCUCACAUGGCCACAAUAUCGCAGGCUAUCAUAUACCGCCGCUUACUACCAAUACUCCAGCGUAAUGCGCGAUUUCAAUCCAACGUAGAGGUUCAUGAGCUGAACAAUGCUAUAACGAUGGACUUCGUUUCCGCAUAUAUCUUUGGACUCGCAUCAGGCACCAAUUUUCUGGAGGAUGUUUCUGCUGGGAGAGAGUGGUUCAGAGUUUAUCAGUCACGAAAGCCUUUCGAAUUCUUUCAUCAAGAAGUGCCCAACAUGACCUCUUUGGCUAGGAUGCUAAAGAUCCCAUUAAUCCCCAAGUGGUGUGAGAAAGCUAACCAGGAUAUGGAGGACUGGGGGUUGGAGAUGAUCGAUAAUGCGGAAAAAUUUAUUGCAUCUACAAAUCCGGCCUGCGAACCAAUUGUGUAUAAACAAGUUAAGCAAUCAAUGCUAAAGCAAUUGGCUAAAGAUGGUCUUGAAGCCAAUGCGGGGGUCUUGAGCCAGCAGCGUCUCGAGUUAGCCUGCGAGAUGUAUGACCAUCUAACUGCGGGUCAUGAAACCAGUGCAGUUGCCCUCACUUAUUUGUACUGGGAACUAUCAAGGCAUCCUGGUUUGCAGGUAGAGCUCCGAAAGGAAUUGGACACGCUUUCACCGAGAAUAAUGGCUCAAUCGGUCCCUGGGAUCCCAACCGAGCUGCCGCACCCAAAGGAUAUCGAUGCCUUACCACUCCUAAAUGCAAUCAUUAUGGAAACGCUCCGCCUCCACUCUCCAAUCCCAGGUAUACAACCCCGAAUAACACCAGCACCACAUACAACUCUAGCGGGGUACGAUCAAAUACCACCGAAAACUCGAGUGAACGCGCAGGCAUACUCACUGCAUCGGAACCAUGACGUUUUCCCAAACCCAGAAUCAUUUUUGCCGCACCGAUGGCUCGAACCAAAAGACUCAGUGGACCUGGAGAACAUGAGACGAUGGUUUUGGGCAUUCGGAAGCGGAGGCCGGAUGUGUGUUGGUAGCAAUUUAGCCCUGCAGGAGAUGAAACUCGUCGUCGCUGCAAUAUAUUCGAACUUUACAAGCAAGAUUGUCGAUGACGAAGGCAUUGAGCCUAUCGAUGCAUACACAGUCCGGCCAUCCAGCAACAAAUUGGUACUAAAAUUCGAACUUGUUUGAGGGCCAGUGAUCCUGGGUUCAACAACUUAUUUUGCCUACCUCUUCUCAGACCCGCUUAUACAUCAGUCCAAUAGGAUUGAUGGAAAUUCUCCCAUUUGAUGAGCGGCUAUAACCCUCCAUGGUGUAUAUACGUAUCACUGAAUUUGUUCUCACCUCACCUUCCAGCGAGCGAAUUUCCGAUUGGAUUAGGUCAUGAAUUUCGCUCUGUAAAUAACGCAUAAACGACAUGUCGUACGUCAAUAAAUACAUUUUCGAUUCAUAAUAUACACAAGAGAAGAAUGAUAAUCAAUUCUUCCUUUCAGAAAUGAAGGGGAAAUCCAGCUACCUCAUGAAUAAAAUACUAGAAACCCUUGUUUCUUCGCUCUCCAUGCACCAAGCCAAAACAUCCUAAACUCCAACCUCCAUGCAACAACGCGUAUUCACAACUCCAACUGUCGCAGGUUGUUUCUCUAAACCACAUAGAGCCAGCAAAUGUGGGCGCCCAGUCUCGGGGAGCUCGAGAAACCCAGUUAACUAAUUUUCCAGUAUUCGUUUUGAGGUGAGGAGUCUAGAUGGACUAUAAAAGACGGCAUAUGCUGAACAUGAAAAAGCAAAAAUAACACAGCCCACAGCAUAAACAAAGCAGAACCCAAAUAAAAAUGUAUAUAAAUAAAAACUCAGUGAAACACGCCGUCCUUCUUUCUUGGCCCUGAUAUCUUGGGAAACAUCCGCAUGAGAUGGUAAUUGAUUGUGCUCUUCCCUUUCCGUUGUAUUUUCUAAAAUCCAAGUUAAAUGGCAUUGAGUUAGCCAAUGAUGACCCCACGUAAUUCAAAGAAGGAAAUGUGGAUUACGCAGAGCAAUCGGUAAAAGUAGAACGUACCCCUUUAUCCAUGCAUGCUCUUAAUUGUUGUUCUAAAGCGAAGCACCCACUGCUCCCCGAUCGGUUUGAAGCCCAGCAACCUAUAAGCCACAGCAACAGAAGCACCCAUUAGUACAUGUUGCCCUUUUUCAUAGUCGUACUUCGCUCCACCAACCGCCCAAGAUGAGCGCGGAGAGCAAAGUCCACUCCGGGCCAACAGCAGCAAGAAGGGAAAGAGGGGGGAAACGAACUCAGAACACUUGUCAUGACGGCAAGACAUGGGUUUGCUUGAUGGGUAUUCGGACUCUUUACUCGAAGUUUUUGGAUUGUUUGCAAAUGUAGUGGC